GGCGGGCCCGAGCGGCCGGCGGCGCGGCGCAGACAAUGGGAGCGGCGCGGGCGGCGGCGGCGCGGGCCGCGGAGCCCCGGGCCCGGCGGGGACCGGAGGCCGCGCCAUGAGCCCCGCAGCCGGGCGCCCCCCUGCGCCGCGCGCGGGCCGAGGCGAGCGGCCACUGCGAGCCCCGGGCCCCGCCCUGGGGCUGGCGAUGCGCUGCCAAGGCUGAGGAUGAUGGUAGAUUGCCAGAGCUCCACACAGGAGAUCGGCGAGGAGCUGAUCAACGGGGUCGUCUACUCCAUCUCCCUGCGCAGGGUGCAGCUGCACCACGGUGCCACCAAGGGCCAGCGCUGGCUCGGGUAUGAGAACGAGUCGGCCCUGAACCUUUACGAGACCUGCAAGGUGCGGACCGUGAAGGCAGGCACGCUGGAGAAGCUGGUGGAGCACCUGGUGCCCGCCUUCCAGGGCAGCGACCUCUCCUACGUCACCAUCUUCCUGUGCACCUACAGAGCCUUCACCACCACCCAACAGGUGCUGGACCUGCUGUUCAAAAGGUACGGUAGAUGUGACGCCCUCACGGCCUCCUCUAGAUACGGAUGCAUCCUCCCUUAUUCCCACGAGGACGGCGGACCCCAGGACCAACUGAAAAAUGCCAUUUCCUCCAUCCUGGGCACCUGGCUGGACCAGUACUCGGAAGAUUUCUGUCAGCCCCCAGACUUCCCCUGCCUCAAGCAGCUAGUGGCCUACGUGCAGCUCAACAUGCCCGGCUCAGACCUGGAGCGCCGCGCCCACCUCCUCCUGGCCCAGCUGGAGCGCUCGGAACCCCUCGAGGCAGAGCCUGAGGCCCUUUCACCAGCUCCAGUGCCAGCUCUAAAACCAGCUCUGGAGCUAGAGCCGGCUCCAGUGCCAGCUCCACCACCGAGUCCCGUGCCAGCACCAGAGCUAGAGCCAGCGCCAGCCCCAGAGCUAGAGCCAGCGCCAGCUCCAGAGCUAGAGCCAGCGCCAGCCCCAGAGCUAGAGCCAGCGCCAGCCCCAGAGCUAGAGCCAGCGCCAGCCCCAGAGCUAGAGCCAGCGCCAGCUCCAGAGCGGGAAGCAGCUCCAGCGCCAGAGCUGGAGGCAGCGCCAGCACCACCUCUCGAGCUAGAGCCAGUUCUGGUGUCAGCGCUCGUGCCAGCCCCAGAGCUGGAGCCGGCUCUGUCACAGACUCUCGAGCUAGAGCCAGUUCCAACGCCAGCUCCACCAUCAGAGCCUUCCUGGCCGUCACCUGUGCUUGCAGAGAACGGGCUGAGUGAGGAGAAGCCUCACCUCCUGGUGUUCCCUCCCGACCUGGUGGCCGAGCAGUUUACGCUGAUGGACGCGGAGCUGUUCAAGAAGGUGGUGCCCUACCACUGCCUGGGCUCCAUCUGGUCCCAACGGGACAAGAAGGGCAAGGAGCACCUGGCACCCACCAUCCGUGCCACCGUCACCCAGUUCAACAAUGUGGCCAACUGCGUCAUCACUACCUGUCUCGGGGACCGGAGCAUGAAGGCCCCAGACAGGGCCAGGGUGGUGGAGCACUGGAUCGAGGUGGCCAGGGAAUGCCGUGUCCUCAAGAACUUCUCGUCCCUCCACGCCGUCCUCUCCGCCCUGCAGAGCAACUCCAUCCACCGCCUGAAGAAGACGUGGGAGGAGGUUUCCAGGGACAGCUUCCGGAUCUUUCAAAAGCUGUCAGAGAUUUUCUCAGAUGACAACAACUACUCGCUGAGCAGAGAGCUACUCAUCAAGGAGGGGACCUCCAAGUUUGCCACCCUGGAGAUGAACCCCAAGAGAGCCCAGAAGCGGCCGAAGGAGACGGGAGCCAUCCAGGGCACCGUCCCCUACCUGGGCACGUUCCUCACUGACCUGGUGAUGCUGGACACUGCCAUGAAGGACUAUCUGUAUGGGAGACUGAUCAACUUCGAGAAGAGGAGGAAGGAAUUCGAAGUGAUCGCCCAGAUCAAGCUGCUGCAGUCGGCCUGCAACAACUACAGCAUCGCGCCCGAGGAGCACUUUCGGGCCUGGUUCCGGGCCAUGGAGCGGCUCAGCGAGACUGAGAGUUACAACCUGUCGUGUGAGCUGGAGCCCCCCUCCGAGUCGGCCAGCAACACCCUCAAGACCAAGAAGAACGUGGCCAUCGUCAAGCGGUGGAGCGACCGCCAGGCCCCCAGCACGGAGCUCAGUACCAGCGGCAGCUCCCACUCCAAGUCCUGUGACCAGCUCAGGUGCGGCCCCUACCUCAGCAGCGGGGACUUUGCGGAUGCGCUCAGCGUGCACUCCGCCGGCUCCUCCAGCUCCGACGUGGAGGAGAUCAACAUGAGCUUUGUCCCGGAGUCCCCCGAUGGCCAGGAAAAGAAGUUCUGGGAGUCAGCGUCCCAGUCAUCCCCGGAGACCUCGGGCAUCAGCUCUGCCUCCAGCAGCACCUCGUCCUCUUCGGCCUCCACCACGCCUGUGGCCAGCACACGCACCCACAAGCGCUCCGUCUCAGGGGUCUGCGGCCACGGCGCCUCACUGCCGCUCUACAACCAGCAGGUGGGCGACUGCUGCAUCAUCCGCGUCAGCCUGGACGUGGACAACGGCAACAUGUACAAGAGCAUCCUGGUGACCAGCCAAGAUAAGGCUCCGGCCGUGAUCCGCAAGGCCAUGGACAAACACAACCUGGAUGAGGAUGAGCCAGAGGACUACGAGCUGGUACAGAUCAUUUCAGAGGAUCGGAAGCUGAAGAUACCCGAGAACGCCAAUGUAUUCUAUGCCAUGAACUCUGCCGCCAACUACGACUUUGUCCUGAAGAAGCGGAACUUCACCAAAGGGGCAAAGGUCAAGCAUGGAGCCAGCUCCACCCUCCCCCGCAUGAAGCAGAAAGGACUCAAGAUUGCCAAGGGCAUCUUCUGAGGGCGUCUCCCCGGGCCUGGCUGGCCAGGAGCUAAGAAUUGACAGACUACAGUGGCCUAGGCCCGCCGGGCACCUGCCGCCCACCUGCCAGCCCAGGGCACCCCCAGACUCCACUUUCACCCUGAACCUCUCCUGCUGCCGGGAUUGAUGCCUGCCGCUCGGCAGGCUGACCUGGCCUCCCGUGGACCACUCGCCGCCUUAGGUGCCUUCUGCUCUCUGGAACCAGAGGACUAGCUGACUGUUGCCAAGGAGCGGUGCCAAUGGGCAUGGUGCCCUGGUACCAUGGUACCUGCCCCUGGGCACUGCCUCUGUACACUUCCCUGACACCUUCCCAGGUGCAGGUCACUGCCACCUGUGCCACAGGCACCCCAGAGCACCCACUCACCCACCAGGUCUGAACACUGCAGUUCUCUCCUCGUGCCCACAGGCUCUGGCCUGUGACCUUCGCAGGGGUCCCGGCCCCUCCUCCCACCACUCUAGCCUUUCUGGGCUGCACCAAAGAUCCCGUCAUCAGGGCCAACUGAGAGUGGGGGAGUCUCGCCCACCACUUGCCCCGCCCUCCCCCGGGAGAGGAGAGAGGAACCCUCUUCAUGGACCACACUCUUCACCCAGUGAGUGAGGACAGUCCCAGCGGAGUCCCAUCGAUGUUGAGUCUCACGCCACUGCAAGUGCCAUUCACCGCUGCAUCCUGGGCUUUGCAAGACCACACGAGACGGGGGUUGCUGGGGAAGGAGGGUUUGGGGUGGGAAGGUGAUUGAAUAUUUGUAUAAAAAGAAAAAAAUGUUUACUGAUUGGGGAGGGGCAAUAUUUAUUUGUUGUAAAUAGCAAAUGCUAGACUUGAAUAUUAUAUUAAAAUCCUGUUUCUACUACA